AGAAGCCGGUGGAUACCCCGCUGGUCUGGUGGUUGUGUGAAGACUGCGGUACGAUAAUGGGGAAGCACUUGGCCUGGCAGCUCGUGUUGCUCCUGCAGCUUGUCUGUGGUUGCACGGGGACCCAGCGGACGCCGAGGGCUGCCUCCAUGCAUUUCACCCACUCUGUUUACAAUGCCACCAUAUAUGAGAACUCUGCUGCUAAGACUUACUUGGAGAGCCACAACAAAAUGGGAAUCUACAUCACAGACCCAAUCUGGGAGAUUCGGUACAAAAUCAUCGCUGGGGACAAUGAGAACUUAUUCAAAGCUGAGGACUACACAUUGGGAGAUUUCAGUUUUUUGCGAAUAAGGACCAAAGGAGGUAGCACUGCUAUUCUGAAUCGGGAGGUUAAAGACCACUAUAUACUUACUGUGAAGGCGUCAGAGAGGAAUACUAACUUAGAAAGCCGCACAAGAGUCAAGGUACAAGUUUUGGACACUAAUGAUUUGAGACCACUGUUCUCACCGACCUCCUAUAGCAUCUCUCUACCUGAAAACACAGCUAUCCGCACAAGUGUGGCAAAGGUCACAGCCACAGACGCUGACAUCGGUACCAACGGGGAGUACUAUUACAGCUUCAGAGAGUGGACGGACAUGUUUGCGGUUCACCCCACAAGCGGAGUGGUGACACUGACAGGGAAACUGGACUACUCCGAGACCAAAGUGUAUGAGCUGGAGAUUCUGGCAGUGGAUAGAGGGAUGAAAUUAUACGGCAGCAGUGGCUUCAGCAGCAUGGCCAAACUUACUGUGAGAGUAGAACAGGCCAAUGAGCACGCGCCUGUGAUUACCGCGGUGACUUUGGCCCCCUCAGAUGCAGACCAUGACCCCACAUACGCCAUAGUGACAGUGGAGGAUAAUGACUUGGGACCAAAUGGAGAGAUUGCAUCACUUAGCAUUGUUGCUGGCGACCCCCUGCAGCAGUUCAAGGCCGUUAGAACCAGCCCUGGGAGCAAGGAGUAUAAAAUCAAAGCAGUCAAAGAUGUAGAUUGGGAUAGUCAGCCGUAUGGAUACAACCUCACUUUACAGGCCAAGGACAAAGGAAACCCUCCACAGUUCUCCUCUGCUAAAUUAGUGCAUGUCACAACCGCGCAGUUUAAAUUUAGCCCUCCUAUUUUCGAACAGGCUAUUUACAGAGUCAAUUUAAGUGAAUUUGCCCCCCUUCACACACCUGUCACUAUGGUAACAGCUGUGCCAAAGUAUCCGCAUCUUAAAUAUGCGUUCAGACAUAAAUCCGACAAGGACAGAUUUACCAUCAACCCCGAUACAGGUUUAAUCAGUGUGGCAGGACCAAUCAAUGCCGAUUCUACCCCGCAGUUUGAGCUGGACGUGGUGACCAGUGACAAAAAGGCAGCCACAAAAGUCAUUGUCGACGUGAUUGAUGUGAAUAACAAUGCGCCAGAGUUUCAGCAGACGUCUUACAAGGCCAGUGUUGAUGAGAACGUCGCAGCGGGGACCAGCGUGUUGUCGGUCAGAGCCACAGACCUUGACAAAGGCGAGAACGGCUAUGUGACCUACAGCAUCACCAAUCUGACUCCCCAGCCGUUUGUCAUCGACUACUUCUCAGGUGUCAUCAGUACCUCUGAAGUGCUAGAUUACGAGUUAAUGCCCAGAAUUUACCACCUGAAAGUCAGAGCGUCAGACUGGGGCUCCCCUUUCCGCAGAGAGGUGGAGGCUCCCGUCACCAUCACACUUACAAACCUCAAUGACAAUAAGCCUUUGUUUGAAAAUGUCGAUUGUGAAGUUACAGUACCAAGAGAUCAUGGCGUGGGAGAGCAGGUUACCACAGUUUCUGCUAUAGAUGCUGAUGAAUUACAACUGGUGCGGUACUAUAUCAAAGCAGGAAAUGACCUGGAUUUAUUUGAACUCAACCCAAACUCUGGGGUACUCUCUUUGAAACACCCGCUGAGCGAAGGAGAGGCAGCUAAAGUGUCCUUUCAUAGUUUACAAAUCAUAGCUAGUGACGGAGAGCAUGAGACGCAGCCAAUGUACAUGAAUAUAACUGUCAUCACUGCACGAAAGCCAGUCCAGUUGAAAUGUGUCGAAACUGGCGUUGCUACCAUGCUGGCAGAAAAGCUCCUCCAAGGCAGCAAAGUUCACACACAGAAUGAGCCAGACGAUUUCGUGGACAUACACUCAAUCAAUCGGUACACGCCACAGUUUGGAGAUUCUUUUCCUAGUGCUGUUGAAAUCACAGAGGACCUCCCUGUAGGUGCUCGGAUUGUACAUCUGAGUGCCACAGACUCUGACAGUGGUUUCAAUGGGAAACUUGUGUAUGUUAUUUCAGGGGGAGACCCAGAAAGCAAGUUUAUAGUGGAAAUGGAAACCGGCUGGCUGCUGGUGUAUUCCCCUCUGGACAGGGAAACCACGGACCAUUAUACUCUCAAUAUUACUGUUUACGAUCUGGGAAUACCACAGAAAUCGUCAUCUCGUCUCCUGGAUGUCAAAAUCCUAGACACAAAUGAUAAUAGUCCACAGUUUCUGCAAAAUUCAUAUUCGGUUGACAUUAGCGAGAGCACACCUGUAGGUACGCAAAUUAUUCAGGUGGACUCUACUGACAAGGACAAGGGACCUAAUGGAGCAGUGAAAUAUUCCAUUUUGGGAGGUACGGAUCAUUUCGCCAUUGACGAGGAUACUGGUGUCGUUACGGUAACAAAACCGCUAGAUCGCGAGCUGCAACCAGUUUAUGUUUUAAAAAUCGCAGCACGUGAUCAGGCGGUGUAUGAACCCCAGCUCGUCUCCACGGUGCCACUUAAGAUCACGCUGGAAGACGUCAAUGAUAACCCUCCAAAAUUUGUUCCUCCCAAUUAUCGCGUUAAAGUUAGGGAAGACCUUCCAAUAGGUACAGUGAUCAUGUGGCUGGAAGCUCACGACCCCGACGUUGGUGCAUCUAGCCAAAUACGCUACAGCCUGAUCGACAAUGGAGACGGGAAUUUCGAAGUUGACAAAAUUAGUGGUGCGGUACGGAUUGUUCAAAAUCUUGAUUAUGAAACAAAGCAAGUGUACAACCUGACGGCGAAAGCUAAGGACAAGGGGAAGCCGAUGUCCUUGUCGUCGACUUGUUUCAUCGAGAUUGACGUUGUGGAUGUAAAUGAGAACCUGUACAGACCAUAUUUCCGAUCUUUUGUGGACAGAGGAUUUAUAAAAGAGGACGCAAUUGUGGGUACAUCCGUUAUGACUGUAAAGGCUGAAGAUGAGGACAGCGGAAGGGAUGGGGAAAUUCGAUACUCCAUUCGGGAUGGAUCAGGCUUGGGAAUAUUCACCAUUGAUGAAGAAACUGGCGUGAUCCGCACUCAGGAGCUCCUCGACCAUGAGACCACCCCUCACUACUGGCUCACUGUUUACGCCAUGGACCGGGGUGUGGUUCCUCAAUCUGCCUUUGUGGAGGUCUACAUUGAGGUGCAAGAUGUCAAUGACAACGCCCCCCAGACCUCUGAACCUGUCUACUACCCCUCUGUGAUGGAGAACUCCCCCAAAGAUGUGUCCAUUAUCCAGAUAGAAGCCGUGGAUCCCGACACCCAAUCCAGCGACAAGCUGACCUAUAGGAUCACCAGUGGAAACCCUCAAGGCUUCUUUGCUAUCAACUCCAAAACAGGUCUGGUCACUACUACUUCCAGAAGACUGGACCGAGAGCAACAGGACGAGCACAUUCUUGAGGUUACCGUCACCGACCAUGGCGUCCCACCCAAAUCCACCACUGUCCGCAUCAUUGUCAAAGUCCUGGAUGAGAAUGACAAUAGACCACUGUUUCUGGAGAAGAUCUACAAGAUAAAGCUUCCAGAGCGGGAACGUCCGGAAAAGGAGCGUGCCAUGAAGAGGGACCCAGUGUACCGGGUCAUCGCGUCAGACCGAGACGACGGGUCAAAUGCAGAGAUCUCCUACAGCAUCGAGGAGGGAGAUGAGCAUGGGAAGUUCUUCAUUGAACCCAAGACUGGCCUGGUGUCAUCCAAGAAGUUUUCCUCAGCUGGAGAAUAUGACAUACUAACCAUUAAAGCAGUGGAUAAUGGACGUCCUCAGAAGUCAUCCACCUGUCGCCUGCACAUAGAGUGGAUCCCCAGGCCUGAGAUCCCGGCUGAUGCAGCCCCUCUGCAGUUUGAGGAGUCCCCCUUCACCUUCUCUGUCAUGGAGAGCGACCCCGUGGCACACAUGGUCGGAGUUGUAGCAACAGAGUCCUCGGAGCUCCCCGUGUGGUUUGAAAUCACAGGUGGUAACUAUGACAGCCGCUUUGACGUGGGCAAGGCUAGUGGAACCCUGAUCGUCGCGAGGCCCCUGGAUGCUGAGCAGAAAUCAAAUUACAACCUGACAGUGGAGGCUUCAGACGGGACGAGGACUGUCAGCACCCAGGUCCUCAUCCGGGUCAUUGACACCAACAACCACCGUCCUCAGUUCUCACAGCCACGCUAUGAAGUGACAGUUCCUGAAGACACUCCGGCCGGUACGGAGGUCCUGACCAUAACUGCCACGGAUCAAGAUGAGAAGAACAAACUGACCUUUACACUACUGAGCAGCACUGACCCCUUCAGUCUCAAGAAGUUCAGACUGGACCCGGGAACUGGGACACUGUACACGGCUGAACCACUGGACCACGAGACCAUGCACACACAUAUCCUCACAGUUAUGGUGCGAGACCAGGACAUCCCAGUAAAGAGAAACCUUGUACGUGUUAUUGUAAAUGUGGAAGACACCAAUGACAACGCUCCCUGGUUUAUCGGCACGCCGUACUCUGGCCGUGUCUUCGAAUCGGCUGCUGUGGGCACGGCUGUACUCCAGGUCACUGCCCUCGACAAGGACAAAGGCCAGAAUGCAGAGAUCCUCUACAGCAUAGAGUCAGGAAACGUGGCAAACUCAUUCUCCAUUGACCCUGUCCUCGGAACAAUUACCGUCGCCAAGGAACUCGAUCGCAGCAGCAAGACCCAAUUUGAGCUCACAGUCAAAGCUUCGGAUAGGGGGCUAACUCCACUGUCAACAACAACUACUGUACACAUCGCGGUAACAGUUUCUGACAAUGCCGCUCCCAAAUUCACAGAAAAGGAGUACUCUGCUGAAGUCAGUGAAUCAGCAAACCCAGGUACUUUCGUCAGCUUGGUCACAGCUGUCAGCCAGUCAUCGAUUUUCUAUCAGAUUAAAGGUGGCAACAUCAAUAACGCCUUUGAUAUAAACCCCAACUCUGGAGUGGUAGUGACUCAGAAGUCUUUAGAUUAUGAAACCACCUCUCAAUAUAAGAUUACGAUACAAGCAACCAACAUGGCAGGCCUGUCCAAUAAUGCGACGCUUGUAAUCCACUUGAAGGAUGAGAAUGACAAUGCCCCAAUAUUCAUCCAGAACGCAUUCAAAGGUGUUAUAAGUGAAUCUGCUCCAGUCAACAGUAUAGUUCUAACACCUGAAAACACUCCCUUUGUAAUCCGAGCGACUGAUGCUGACAGUGACCGUAACGCUAUGCUGAUUUACCAAAUAGUUGAGCCCUUUGCACAUAAUUAUUUUGCCAUUGACUCCAGCACUGGCGCUAUCAGAAUCACUACCACACUGGAUUAUGAGCGCAGAAACGUAUUCCGUUUUACAGUCCAAGUCCAUGAUUUGGGAAUGCCGCGUUUAUUUGCGGAAAACGCAGCCAACGUGACAGUGGAAGUGAUUGACGUCAACGACUGUGCUCCAGUUUUUAGCAAAGAGCGUUAUGAGGCGACAGUGAUUGUGCCAACGUACAAAGGUGUAGAAGUCAUUCAGGUUAACGCUACAGAUGCAGACUCUAAACCCAAUGCCAGGCUUCUCUAUUCUAUCACUGAGGGUAACAUUGGUGAUAAAUUCAAAAUAGAACCAAGUACUGGCAUGAUUUCAAUCCAGAAUGUCACCCAGCUGAGAAGCAGAUACGAGCUUGCAGUUCGUGUCUCGGACGGGAGAACUGCAGCAGUUGCAACAGUUAAAAUUAACGUUAAAGAGAACAAGGAGAGCAAAUUGAAAUUCACAAAAGAAUCCUAUAAAUCUCACAUAGAAGAAAACUCGAAGGAGAAAAAGACACUAGCAGUUAUUGCAGCUGUCGGAAACCAAGUCAACGAACCAUUGUUUUACAAAAUAUUGAACCCCGAUAAUAGAUUCAAAAUAAGCCACACUUCAGGGGUGGUCUCAACUACUGGUAUUCCAUUUGAUCGCGAGACACAGGAUAAAUUUGAUAUUGUUGUUGAGGUCACGAGAGAGGGCAACCCAGACGAAACAUCUCAUGUUCUGUUAACUGUUACUGUUGAUGACGUAAAUGAUAAUAAGCCAAUGUUCUUGAACCGUCCCUACCACGCGUUGGUUCAAAUGGAUGCUGAAGAAGGCCAUAUAAUUCUCCAGGUUUCAGCUGUGGACAGAGAUACUGGUGCCAAUGCCCAUAUCCAGUAUCAACUCAAAGAACAUCUAGACCACUUUGAAAUUACCCCAUCUGGCGAGAUCCUACUCCGAGAGAAGUUUGACAAAGACUCCCUCAAUAGGGACUUUGUUGUUGUGGUAAUAGCACGGGAUAAUGGCGAACCAUCUCUCUCUGCCGAAGUUGAAGUUACAAUAACUGUAGUGAACAAAGCAAUGCCAGUGUUCGAAAAGCCUUUCUACAGCAUUGAAAUCCCUGAAAACAUCCAGCUGCAUUCUCCUGUUCUCCACGUCCAGGCCAGUGAUGCUGAAGGACCUCGUAUUGUGUACACAAUCUCAGAGGGUGACCCGUUUAAGCAAUUUUCAAUCGAUUUCAACACUGGCGUCAUUCACGUAGUUCAACCCCUCGACUUUGAAACCCAUCCUGCUUAUAAAUUGAACGUAAAAGCCACUGAUUCUUUGACAGGCGCACAUUCCGAUGUGUUCGUAGAUAUUAUCCUUGAAGAUGUGAAUGACAACGCUCCUGAGUUUCUCUCCAAAGUUUACUACGCCAAUAUUUCCGAAGCAUCUGUGAUUGGAACGUCUGUGUUGCAGGUGGAUGCCAAUGACGCCGAUACUGGUACCAAUCAAGAGCUAUUCUUUCAGCUUAACUCGCCAUAUUUUACGAUAGAUCGCGACACUGGGGUAAUCUCGACUGCAAAAGAGCUUGAUCAUGAACAGAUCCAGCAACACAAAUUACAAGUGCAGGUUGUUGAUCUCGGAGUUCCAGCUCUGUCGAGUGAAGUUAUUGUGACUGUUGAUGUUACAGACCUCAAUGACAAUGCACCAGUGUUUACGGAGAAUGUCUACAACUGCACAAUCAAUGAGUUGGCCCCAAGAGGCUAUUUUGUUACACAAGUCCAAGCUUCUGAUGCGGAUAGCACUGACAUAAAUCAUUUGGAGUUUUCUAUUGUGUCUGGCAAUGAUGACCAAAAUUUUGCAAUCAACAAAAAAACUGGAGCAAUUAUUGUGUCCAACCACCGUCGGCCACACAUGCAACCCUUCUAUAACAUCACCAUAUCAGUUUCUGAUGGUGUUUUCCGCACAUCUGGGACUGUCUUAAUAACAGUUGUUGGAGCUAACUUGCACAACCCAACCUUCGCACAAUCUGAAUACGUGGUAGAACUUGUUGAAAAUUCACCUGUUGGUACCUUGGUAGCUGAGGCAAAGGCCGAGGAUGAUGAUGAAGGCAUUUAUGGACACAUAACUUACAGAAUUGUUAACGAUUUGGCAAAAGACAAGUUUUCUGUUAAAAACAAUGGUGAGAUUUUCACUUUGGAGGUUCUUGAUCGGGAGAAUGCCAUUGAGAAAGUGAUUCCAAUUUUCCUGGAAGCCAAAGAUGGUGGUGGAAAAGUAGGAUUCAGCACGGUCAAUGUCAUACUCACUGAUGUCAAUGAUAAUGCCCCACAUUUCAGGGCAGCGGAAUACAAAGCAACCAUUGCCUCAGAUGCCCCAAGGGGAACAUCUGUUGUCAAAAUUGCUGCAUCAGACAUGGAUGAGGGCACCAACGCUGACAUUGAGUAUUCAAUCGAAGCAGAAGUUGAAAACGUCGGCGAAAACUUUGAAAUUCAUCCCACAACAGGGGUCAUUACAACUAAAGAGAGUCUAAUCGGACUUGAAAAUGAGCUGUAUGCUUUCUUUGUCAGGGCAAAAGACACUGGAAAUCCAUCUAAACAUUCAGUUGUUAAAGUUCACAUAAGAAUUGUGGCGCCAGAAACACCAAUACCUAAAUUUUCCGAACCACAUUAUCGCUAUGCCAUUGCAGAAGACAUGCCCAUUGGCACAGAGAUUGAUGUAAUUCAAGCUGAAAGUGAGCUACCGGUGGUUUACACUCUUAUAAGGGGGAACACACCGGAAAGCAACCAGAAUGAGGUGUUUGUGGUUGACCGAGAUGCUGGAACACUGAAGCUUCAAAAAAGCCUUGACCACGAGACUACCAAAUGGUACCAACUAACUCUCAUGGCCCAAACCAAACGCGAAGACUAUGACAUUGUUACAUCAGUGAGCGUCAAUAUCCAAGUAAAAGAUCUUAAUGACAACAAACCCGUUUUCGAAUCUGAUCCAUACGAAGCAACAGUUGUUGAGAACCUCCCAAGUGGCACCCAGGUCAUUCAGGUCAAAGCCAAUGAUCUAGAUUCUGGAACGAAUGGCCAUGUUGUGUACAGCCUUGACCCCAAACAAAAGUCUCAGGAAAUCUCUGAACUUUUUGCUGUUAAUAGUGAAACUGGGUGGAUCACGACUCUAAAGGAGCUUGAUCGUGAAAAAGUUGACGAUUAUACCAUUGUUGUCCUGGCAACGGAUCAAGGAGAUAAAAUACAACAUGUUACAAGCACGCAGGUGGAGGUGACGGUUGCGGAUGUGAACGAUAAUCCUCCACGCUUUACUGCAGAGAUCUAUAAAGGAACAGUUAGUGAGGAUGACCCACCUGGUGGAGUGAUUGCCAUUCUUAGCACUACAGACGACGACUCUGAGGACAUCAACAAACAAGUCAACUACUUCAUCACAGGAGGCGACCCUCUUGGGCAAUUUGCGAUCGAGCACAUUGAGAAUGAAUGGAAGGUCUCUGUGAGGAAAUCUUUGGACCGUGAAGAGAAGGACAAUUAUCUCCUCAACAUUACUGCCAGCGACGGCAUCUUCACCGCUAAGGCUGUGGUGGAGGUCAAGGUGCUGGACGCCAAUGACAACAGCCCAGUCUGCGAAAAGACCCUGUACAGUGAGAGUGUCCCAGAGGACUCCCCCGCUGGCAGACUCAUCCUUCAGGUCUCCGCCUCAGACGCAGACAUCCGCUCCAACGCCCAGAUCUCCUUCCUGCUCCGGGGAGAGGCAGCCCAACUCUUUGUAAUUGAUGCUGACACAGGAGAGCUGAAGACCUCCAAACCUCUGGACCGUGAGGAAGCAGAGGAACACAGGUUCAAAGUGCGGGCAGUGGAUGGUGGCGGACGGUACUGUGAGGCCGACGUUCACAUUACUGUUGAAGAUGUCAAUGACCACUCGCCACAGUUCACCUCUGACCCCUACUCCUUCACUGUCUUUGAGAACACUGAGAUCGGAACCUACGUGGCCAAACUGAUGGCAACUGAUGUCGAUGUUGGCCUCAACAGCGACGUGCUCUACUCGCUGGUUGACUCCGCCGAGGGCUUCUUCUCCAUUGACGAAUACAGCGGCGUGAUCAGCCUGCAGCGCCCCCUGGAUCGCGAGGUUCAGUCCGUGUACGAGCUGACGGCUAAAGCUACAGACCAGGGCUCUCCUCACCGUUCCACCGUGGCCCAAGUGGUGAUUUCUGUCCUGGACAUCAACGACAACCCCCCAGUGUUUGAGCACCGCGAAUACACCGCCACCGUGGCAGAGGACAUCGCCGUGGGAACGCAGAUCCUAAGGGUGCUAGCGGCUAGUCGGGAUACGGAAGCUAACCAGGAAAUCAUGUACAGCAUUAUCAGUGGAAAUGAGCACGGAAUGUUCAGCGUGGAUUCUCGCACAGGCGACAUCUUUGUGAUCGAGCCGCUGGACUACGAGCUGUCCCAUGAAUACUACAUCACCGUGGAGGCUACAGAUGGCGGCACGCCCCCCCUCAGCGACAUGGCAACCGUCAACAUCAACCUGACGGACGCAAACGACAACGCGCCCGUGUUCAGCCAGAGCACGUACACGGCCGUGGUGAGCGAGGACGCCGAGCUGGGCAAGACGGUGCUGACGGUCGUUGCCCAAGACGCCGACGGUCCUUCGUACAACCACGUGCACUACUCCAUCGCCGAGGGCAACCAGGGCAGCCCGUUCACCAUUGACCCCACACGAGGAGAGCUCAAAGUGGCUCGCCAGCUGGACCGAGAGCGGAUCUCCGGAUACAGUCUCACCAUCGUGGCCUCAGACAAUGGACUCCCGCCCCUCUCCACCACCACCAUUAUCAACAUUGACAUUUUGGACAUCAACGACAACGCGCCUGUCUUCUCCCAGGCCAAUUACAGCCUCAUCAUCCAGGAAAACCGUCCCGUAGGCACUAGUGUCCUCCAGCUCACCGUCACCGACCGAGACGCGGGCUACAACGGUCCGCCUUUUAGCUUUGCCAUCGUAGACGGUAACCACGGAGACACCUUUCAGAUCAAUCCCACCGGAGCCCUGGUGACUCGAGGAGAGCUAAGCAGGAAAACUAAAGAACACUACCUACUACAAGCUCAGGUCUCUGACAGUGGCCAACCCCAGCUGUCCUCCAGCACUUUCAUCAGUGUUCGCAUUAUUGAAGAAAGCAUCUAUCCUCCCGCCAUCUUACCCCUCGACAUCUUCAUCUCCACGGCAGCCGACGAGUACCCAGGCGGAGUCCUUGGCAAGAUCCACGCCACAGACCAAGACAUCUACGACACCCUCACCUACAGCCUGGCCCCCUCCUCGUCCUCCUCCUCCUCCUCUGACCAAAAUGGAGCCAUGUUUUCCGUUGCAGCCUCUGAUGGCAAAAUAAUCGCCCUCAAACCGCUGGAUGUUGGACACUACCCUCUGAAUGUAACAGUGACUGAUGGCCGCUUCACAACUGCCGCGGAUGUGAAUGUGCAUGUUCGCCAGGCUCAGCAGCAGGCCUUGGAUAAUUCGAUCGCGGUGCGGUUUGCUAGUAUAGCGCCGGAGGAGUUCAUAGGGGACUACUGGAGGAACUUCCAGAGGGCGCUGAGGAACAUAGCCGGGGUGAGGAGGAGCGAGGUGCAGCUGGUGAGCCUUCAGCCGUCAGAGCAGGGCGAUCUGGAUGUGCUGCUAGCGCUGGAGAGAGCUGGAAGUCCAUACCAAUCACAGGAGGUGGUGUUCCGUAAGCUGAAUUCGUCAGCGGCUGUGAUCGAGGAGAUGACUGGCGUGCGUAUCGUGCGUGUGGUGCAGAAGCUGUGUGCAGGAUUGGACUGUCCUCUGCUCUUCUGUGAUGAGGCCAUCUCUCUGGACAAGAGCUCAAUCAACACAUACAGCACUGCACGUCUCAGCUUUGUCACCCCCAGACACGUCCGAAAUGCUACCUGCCAGUGCCAAGGAGGCAAAUGUCCACUGUUGAACAACCUGUGCGACAGCAACCCCUGUCCAGAGGGAAUGGAGUGUGUGUCUGAUCCUAGAGAAAACCAGUACAGCUGUGUGUGUCCUGAAGGCAAGAAGGGCAAAUGCUCCGAUGGUCACUCUCUCACGUUUAAUGGAAAUGGUUAUGUCAAAUACCAUCUGAUGGAAAAUGACAAUAAGGAGCUGAUGAAGUUGUCUCUGAGACUCAGGACUUUCUCUAACCACGCCACUGUCAUGUACGCCAAAGGGACGGAUUACAGCAUACUGGAGAUUGUAAAUGGACGUCUGCAGUACAAGUUUGACUGCGGCAGUGGCCCGGGUCUGGUCUCCGUGCACAGUGCUCAGGUGAACGACGGCGAGUGGCACAGCGUCUCCUUGGAGGUCGACGGGAACUACGCCAAGCUGGUUCUCGACCGGGUCCACGCUGCAUCCGGUACCGCCCCGGGGACCCUGCGCACCCUUAAUCUGGACAACAGCAUCUAUUUUGGGGGCCACGUACGUCAACACGCACCCUCCUCCUCCAGACAUGGACGUAGCCUGCCCCUAGCUAACGGUUUUCGGGGUUGCAUGGAGGCGAUCAGUCUGAACGGUCAGGAGCUGCCUCUGAACACCAAAGCGCGCCGGGCUCACGCGGUCCUGGAGGAUAUGGUGGACGUGGCCCCGGGAUGUGCCCUGGUCCCCGCGGAGAGCUGCUCCAGUAACCCCUGCACCAACGGGGGAACCUGUACGUCUCUGCCCAAUGGAGGUUACUUUUGUAAGUGUCCGGCCUCCUUCAUGGGUGCCCACUGUGAGAUCGGGAUCAGCCCCUGUGCCUCCAACCCCUGCCUGUACGGGGGCACCUGUGUGCCCCGUGCCAGCGACUUCUACUGCCAGUGUAGAGGGCAGUAUUCUGGACAAAGGUGCCAGAUGGGUCCAUACUGCAGAGACAACCCCUGUAAGAACAGUGGGAAGUGCAUUGACAGUUUAGAUGGUCCAGUUUGUGAAUGUGAAGCUGGCUUCCAAGGAGAGAGGUGCCUGACUGACGUAGACGAGUGCGUGAAGAACCCCUGCUCCAAUGGCGGUCAGUGCCACAACACCUAUGGCUCAUACAAGUGCAACUGCUCCUCUGGCUUCACCGGCCCCAUGUGCGAGCUCCGCGCCGAGGUCCGCAACGACUUCGUCUCCACCUCCUGGAACAUUGGCCUGGAGGAGGUCAUCGGCAUUGUAGUCUUCGUGACCAGCAUCUUCAUCCUGGUGCUCCUCUUCAUCCUCAUCCGGAAGAGGGCCUGUCGGAGCAAGGCCAAAGCUGAGGACGACAAACCACCAGGGGGCUCCAGCAUUCCUCAUUCGUUCCUCCACCGGCCGUAUUUUGAUUCCAAGCUGAACAAGAACAUCUACUCAGAUAUCCCUCCACAAGUUCCGGUCAGGCCCAUCUCCUACACGCCCAGCAUUCCCAGCGACUCGAGGAACAACCUGGACAGGAAUUCGUUCGAGGGUUCAGCAAUACCAGAGCACCCAGAGUUCACGACCUUUAACCCUGACUCAGUGCACGGCCACCGGAAGACAGUAGCCGUGUGCAGUGUGGCGCCCAACCUGCCCCCACCCCCUCCAUCCAACUCAGUGUCAGACAGUGAUUCCAUACAGAAGCCCAACUGGGAUUAUGACUAUGAUGCAAAAGUGGUGGACCUCGACCCGUGUCUAACCAAGAAACCAGUGGAGGAGAGUGCGUGCCACCCAUACAACACCCGCGGGAGCAUGUCCGAAGUCCACUCCCUCAGCUCCUUCCAGUCCGAAUCCUGCGAUGACAACGGAUACCACUGGGACACGUCUGAUUGGAUGCCAAGUGUUCAACUUCCUGGAAUCCAGGAAUUCCCGCAGUACGAGGUUGUGGAGUCCCCGGCCCCGCUGUACACCGACCCCAGCGCCAUAGACACGGACUACUACCCGGGCGGCUUCGACAUCGAGAGCGACUUCCCCCCGCCGCCCGAGGAUUUCCCCCUGAGCGAGGACCUGCCCCCCCCUCCUCCUCUCCCCGAGUACGACACACUGAGGCCCCGUAACCUGGAGCACCCUGUUCCUAGAGAAGCAGCCUCUCCGGGGGUACGGCAGAGACCAGCCCUGCCGCACCUCUACAGCCUCAAUCAGUAUCUACCCCAGCACUCCUACCCGAGCGACGGGGGUGAGGCGGAGGGCCAGGGCACCUCCACCUCCGCGGGCAGCACCCCUCCCCCCACCAUGGCUCCUCUGCGGGGGGGCUUCUCCCUGGACUCCUCCGUCGCCCUGGACAACGUGUCUCUGUCCCUGUACGCGUCCACCGCCUCCUGCUCGGACAUGUCGGCCUGCUGCGAGGAGUCCGAGGUCAUGCUCAGCGAUUACGACAGCGGGGAGGAGGAGGACGAGGGCCCCCUGGAACGCCUGGUCAUCCCCGACUCCCAGCAGCAGCAGCACACCCAAGUCUGACACUGGAUCCCAACAACCAAGUGCCUGAACCACAGCCACCGCGCGCUACACUCUACGAACUCACUAUGCUGGAUGGACUAGUCUAGAGGCGAGCGAGCUUUGACCUUUCGGAGAAGAAACGACUCUAUAGAGAACAUUUCAGAUUUAGUUUGGCAAUAUGUCAGCUGUUUCUGGUUGCUACCACUGUGCGCCAGGUAUGAUCGUAAAUAUGUGGACUGUGGAAAAGACUUUAUUAUUGUUGUGCCAAAAUCUAUCCGAGGACGAACCUGGUCUUGCAAGAAAACAUGGACAAAAUCCGCCUAAAGAAGGACCCUGUUGUAAAGACUAGUAGAAGACUCCUCCCAUUGCUUCACGUAGCUGUCUGAAGGAUCAACACAUGUUCUACCACACCAGACAAUACAAAAAUCAUUCUUAGCAGUAUCUUUUAAUUUCUAUGACUGAACCAUGCAAAUGUUUUGAUAUAGAGUCCUCAAUUUCGAUGUAAAUGUUAAUGUACAGUUUUGAUUUCAAAGUCGACUAGGUUUUGUAGAUAUUCUAUGCUUUUAUUUUUUGAAAAGAAGAGUUAAAUGGCGUGAUCAGCCUUACUGUGUUCACGAAUCAUUGUAAUAAAAAAUAAAGAAGAGCGAUGCUUUUCUGACGCGGUGUACUUGUAAGUCUGUGUCCCCCGUUCAUUUCAAAAAGGGUCUUGAAAAGUGAACGACUGCAUAUUCUUGUCUUGUUAUUUUUUUAUUUGUUUGUACAUUUUGACUUUGAAACCUCUUUAUUUUUCCACCAAGAAAAACGGGACCCAAUAUAUUUAUAGUGCCGAGUUGUCCAUGGACACGUGACUUUUUCAGGUGUCUAUGUGUGUGUGAGCAAUGCUAUGGUCUUGUUAAGGUUUUUAUGGAAUACUGCCACAAGCUCACGCUUUCCUACUGGCAAUAAAUUAUUAAAA